AUGCGAUCCUUCUACUCUUUAGCGUUGCUACCGCUACUAGUCGCCGCUAACUCGCUGACUGCCCGCUCCUCCUCCACCGCCUGUAACAACUCUCCCGACCUUUGCAAUAAGACAUACGGCGAGAUCACACAUUUGGGCGCCCAUGACAGUCCAUUCCUGCGCGAUUCCAGUACCGAUGAUUCCUUGUUUGGUGACCAAUACUAUGAUACCACCACUCAACUCGACGCUGGUGUCCGUUUAGUGACUGCCCAAGUACACAAAAGCGACUCAGAAUGGCACUUAUGUCACACAGACUGCGACUAUCUUGAUGCAGGGUUAUUGAAGGAUUGGCUUAAGAAAGUCAAGAGCUGGCUCGACGACAACGCCAACGAAGUUGUCACAAUCCUACUCGUCAAUUCGAACGCAACUGCCGCCGACCUCGGUGCUAUUUAUGAAGAUGCCAAUAUCACCGACUACGCUUACAAGCCCACCUCCCUGACUGAAGCACCAACCGCAUGGCCCACACUCCAGGACAUGAUAAGCAACGGCACCAGGCUGGUAAACUUUGUCGCAUCCCUUACCACAAGCUCCGACUACCCUUAUCUGAUGUCAGAGUGGGAUUUCAUCUGGGAAAACAACUACGAUGUAAAAGAAGCCUCGAACUUCACCUGUACACCAAACCGUCCCUCCACCUACGAGAACGACCUCUCCUCAGCGCUGUCAUCCAACUUCCUCCCUUUCAUGAACCACUUCCUUUACACUUCGCUUGAGCUUGGAGUCACUGAUAUCGAGUACCCGAAUGCCAGUUAUGUCGCCACGACAAAUGCUGCGUCUGGGGGUACCGGAAAUCUAGGAGAUACAGCGACGAAGUGCAAGAGUGAUUAUAAUGGUCGCCAGCCUACAUUUAUCCUGGUUGAUUACUUCAACCGUGGCCCUGCGCUUGAUACCAUCGACAGCUUGAACAAUGUUACCGACCCCGUUGGGCGGACCGCUGUCUCGACUUCUGUGCCUGAUGAUAGUUCUACUACAAACGGUGUUCUCACUAGUCUUGUGAACUUGGCUUCUACCGCUCGAUCUGGAACAACCCCCAGUAUGGGAAACUGGAUCUGGGUCGGCGGUGACUGGGGUAGUAUUCUUGGAGGCGGUAUCUCGCUCUAG